ACCAUGCCUAUCAUAGACGUCGAAAACUUAACAGACUUGGACAAAGCUAAAAUGGAGUUAGAGCAAAAAAAGAAGGAGGUACUGCUUGAGCGAACAGUGGUGUCAAAAUGCUGUACUGAAUUUAUGGACCAUGUCCAGGGUUUAGUUGAGGAGGACGUCCUUGUGAAAGGCAUUGCUGAGGACAAGAACCCUUUCAAGGAACUCAAAGGUGGAUGUGUCAUUUGCUAGAGUGAAUUGAGGAGUCGCCUUCCUAUGUAGCCCUACUUCUAGUGCCCUCUGGAGACCUGCUGCUACCAAAUAAAUCAUAGACGGAUGAGGAUUGAUAUGGAAACAGAUUUGAAUGUUUUUGUCACGUCUU